CAAACGCCGUGGAUACUCAAAGUGCGCAAUUGAACGGAAAACUUCUUUUUGACCAUCGUGCCUCUAUCAUACGUGCUGACCAUGACCAGCAAAACUAUGGAAAUUUAUGAGUUUGUACGUAAACGUCAGGAGGAGAUAGACUACAUACUGACGGAAAACUCAAACAUAAUUUCCCAGAAAGAUGAGAACGACCGGUUUGUGUUGCACUGGGCAGCACUGGCUGGGAAGGAAGAGCUAUGCAAAUACAUCCUUCAGCGCUUCCCGGAACAGCGGGAUGCAGAGGAUGACACCAAUGCGACACCGCUGGUGUUGGCUUCCGUCGGCGGCUUCCUUCCAACUACGGUGCUGAUGGUGAAGGCGGGUGCUGACAUCAAUCACCGCAACCGCGGUGGUCAUUCGGCACUGCAGUACGCGUGCUCGAAGGGCAGACUCGACAUCGCCAACUAUUUACUGAAUGAGGGUGCUGAUGUCAAUAUUGUCGACAAGAUCGGCGACACGCCAUUGCACCGGGCAACGUCGCUUGGCCACAACCACAUCGUGGACACACUGCUUCUGCACGGGGCCAAUCCAAACAAAGCCAACAAAGAAGGCAACACACCGCUGCAUUUGGCAUGCGAAGAAAAUGAGCAAACGUGUGCGAUCUUGCUGUUGAAGCGUGGGGCAAAUCGUACCCUUCUUAAUGCGUACGAGAAAACUCCACUCGACCUAGCAACCCGGUCGCUUUUGAAUUUGAUCGCCAGUGAGGUAGAUUCUCGCCAUGCCGGCUGACAUGGAAAGCAUUUUAGUUUUGACUGAUUGGCAAGGACUGGCCAUAAUUGAUUUUUUUUUAUAAUUUCCAGUAAUUCAUUCUUCCAUUAUUUUCCUUCUAAUGCUUUGUUUAUAUUAACGAAUUCAUAAGAAAUAUAUGUAUAUGCAUCAUCGUUUCCUUAUGUUAUAAUCAAUCUACUGUGAGGAUUUCAAUAAAAGACUAAACGUAAAAGACUGUCGAUCUAUUAUGUUUCGGAU